AUUUCUUUAUUUUGCAAUAGCACACAGAACAGUGCUUAAUUAACCAAGAGCCAUGGAUCCAACCAUAUCUGUUUCAAAGGGCUGUUUUGUGUACAAGAAUGGAGCGACACGCGCCAAUAAAAGAACGCCUAGCAAGCGAAAAAAUGCUGUUGCAACCAGCAGCCUCCUUGGCAAGGAGGUGACCACCCAACCGUUCUAUACUGCCUACACCGAGUCCUGGGAUCAGAUCCACAGUCACAUAGUGAAGCUACAAACGGCGAGCAAUGCGCGGACGCUUGAGGAACUAAUGGAUUUUGUGACUGGAGAGCGGGCUGCUGACAGGGACAGUAGCGAGGUGCUGCCCACAGCGGCGCUACUAACAGGCAUCAAUCAGCCAGAUCAUCUAAAGCAAUUCGAGACGCUCACGCAGCGACUUCAUGCGCAGAAAUCGGCUCGGGUUUGUGUGCUCCAAUCGCGAGAUUGCGCCACAUUGAAAGCGUCGGUGGAAUCCAUGGUGUAUAAUCUGAUGGACGAUCAGUCUGAGGUUGUUAGUUUAGAUGCGGAGGACGAAGAUGAUGGACGUGAGCGGGAUCGCAAACGUUUGCGUCGUACGCAGUGCACCAUGAAGCAUCUGCAUGCAUGGUAUGAAAAUAACUACUCUGGCGGGGACAAGCAACGCGCCUUAGUCAUUAUUUUGCCGGAUUUCGAGUGCUUCAAUGCGAGCGUGCUUCAGGAUUUCAUUCUAAUACUGAGCGCUCAAUGCAGUCGACUGCCAUUUGUCCUAGUGCUGGGAGUAGCCACCGCCAUGACAGCAGUGCAUAGCACGUUACCCUACCACGUCAGCAGCAAGAUCAAGCUGCGGGUAUUUCAGACCCAGGCAGCUCCCACAGGAUUGAAUGAGCUGCUCGACCAGGUGCUGCUCUCGCCGAAGUAUGUGUUCCAUUUGUCCGGCAAGGCUUUUAAGUUUCUGACGCACAUCUUCCUCUACUAUGACUUCUCUAUACAAGGCUUUAUUCAGGGCUUCAAGUACUGCCUGAUGGAGCACUACUUUGCCGGUAAUGCCUACGCUCUAUGCACCAGCUACAGCAAGGCCCUGGCGCGCAUCAAACAGCUGACACAUGAUGACAUGGAGACCAUACGGCGGCUGCCUUCUUUUCGUCCCUAUGUAGAGCAAAUCAACGACUGCAAACGCAUCAUUGCCGUGCUCACAGACGAUGAUUAUCUGAAAAAGAAGCUGCCGCAGCUAUUACGCGAUUGCUUGUUGCACUUUAUGCUCUUUCGCUGUUGCUUGGAGUUCUUCUCGGAGCUUGUGGGCGAUCUGCCACGCUGUCCGCUGGGCAAGUUGCGGCGAGAGCUUUACGUGAACUGCUUAAACAAACCCAUCAGUGAGCAGCCUGAGUACAAGGAAUGCUGGCAGAUGCUCAGUUUUAUGUCAAAAUCCGAGUUUCUGGCCAAAUUAAGCAAAUGUAUUGCACGCACUGAGCUGUUCCUCAGCGAACAGAUAGCUCCUCUAGAGUUGGGCGAUGCGUGCUCGGAUUUGAUGCGCACUAAGCUGCACUCGCUCAAGCAGCUACUCAAUGAUGUUGAACUAGCUACCAUGGAGCUGCAAACACCGGCAACUGAAACUAAUUCGUUGGCAGACGCUUCUGCAUUGAGCGAUCUCACACAGGUUGCCUCCCGCCAGGAGCUGAAGGCACAGCUGCUGUUGCGCAGCAAACAAGAUAAACAGCAGUCAACGUCGGAGUUUAGCCGUGCCGUUAGUAAGAUCUUGGGACUCAUUGAGUCGGAUUUGGUGUUGACCUAUUUGCGUCCGCUGCAGCAGGCACCGCCGCUACACGAAAUCUACGUCUUUAGUGACAUAGCGACGGUGCGCCGUAACAUCAUUGGGGCACCUCGUGCUGCACUGCAUACGGCCCUCAAUAAUCCUCAUUUCUAUAUGCAAUGCAAAUGCUGCGAGCUGAAGGAACAGUCGCAACUUGUCAGCACCUUGCCCGACUUGUCGGUGGUCUACAAACUUCAUUUGGAGUGCGGUCGCAUGAUUAACCUAUUCGACUGGCUGCAGGCAUUCCGUUCCGUUCUGCGGGCGGGCGACGAACAAGAGGAGAACGAGCUGCCACAGGACCAGAUCGAUCCACAGAUACAAGCACGCUUUACACGCGCUGUGGCCGAGCUUCAAUUUCUGGGAUACAUUAAAAUGUCUAAGCGCAAGACGGAUCAUGCCACACGCCUCACCUGGUAGGAGACAUCAUAUUCAUAUCAGUGUACUAUACACCUAUAUACCACAUAUGUAUAUAUAUCCUACACGAUCUAAGCUAUUUAUUGUCAUUUACAUUCGAAAUCAAUCAGAUGUGCGCUCAGAUAUCUGCUUGGUAUAAUUUUUAAAAAUCGAAAAAA